AAAUAAAAUAAUUCAUAAUUCUGUAAUUAUUUUGUUUAUUGACUUUCAACAUCGAAAUCGAACAAGUCAAAGUUCGGAAACAUAAUACCGAACAGGAUGUACAAAAAUAUCACUGAGGUAAUUAAUCGCUCUGCCGCAUAAUAUUUAUGUGCAUAUAAAAAGCACCUUUAAAUGAAUAAUGAUUAAAAAUGGUAAUAAUUUUUGAACACAACAACAGUUACUUGCUGACAACAGCUUGCAUUUAGUGGCUCAGUACUAUUUCAGCGGUAGCGCAGAACGCAACGGUUUUCUUCUUUAUUUACUGCACAAAUAUUUAUUUGAUAACAAAUAUUUAACGAAAUACUUGCAUUACGAAUGGCGACUGAUGCAUUCAAAAAAUUACGCGCCUGGUCAGUGGUCGCCCUCUUAACGCUAUUUAUGCCGACCAUUCUGUUAAUUUCGGUGUUAAUAUAUCUCUACGAUAAUUUUGUGAGAAGUAAAGUGUGCAAAGAUAUUACCGGCGAAGUGGCUGUGGUCACCGGUGCGGCAGGUGGACUGGGCAAAUGUAUCGCUAUAGAAUUGGCCGCCAGGGGAUGUCAUGUCGCUAUAUGUGAUAUUAAUUUCGAUUUGGCUGUGACGACAGCGCGAGAAAUAGCCGAAAAAUAUGGUGUCAAAGCAAAAGCUUAUAAGGUGGACGUCACAAAUACGAUGAAUUGUGAACUCAAUGGCAAACUAACAAAUGACAUAGGUGCCGCCACUAUACUCGUGAAUAAUGCGGGGUUGUUGUUCCAUGCGGAUAGGAUAAAGCCCACAGUCGAAGAAAUUCAAGCGAUGAUAAAUGUUAAUUAUACUUCACAUUUCUGGACAAAUCGUGUGUUCAUGGAGAAUAUGAGGCGUGCCAAGAAAGGGUAUAUUAUGGCCAUAUGCUCUGUAGCCGGUAUUGCCACAGAGCGAACCGUAUAGUAGUGCUAAAUUCGCUGUGCGCACCCUGAUGCGAGCAAUGCGGGCCGAACUAAUAGUUGAGGGACUGCGUUAUAUU